UUGCCCACAACGAAACACUGGAGAAGAGGCGCAGGAGAGACUGAGCUGCAGGCUGAACAACCAGCAUGAAUUUGAUGACUUCAGCAGGACCCAUGGCCAAUACUGUGUUUAUGGCAGCACCCCACAAUGCACACUCUAUAAUUCCAGAGAGCACGACUGAGGUGACCAUGUAUCCACACAACCAACCUCAAGUCAACCUAAUUCCUGGGAACCAACCUGGCCUGCAGACACCUGCCAGUGCACCACCAGCCCAGAGAAUCUUCAAAGAAGGCAAAACCUUAGGGGCCCUCCAGAUCCUGAUUGGACUGAUACACUUCGGCCUUGGCAGCAUCAUGGGGACCAUCCUGCUUGGGAGCUAUAGAGCCCCUUCACUCUACGGAGGCUAUCCCUUCUGGGGUGGUAUCUCAUUCAUCAUUUCAGGAUCCCUCUCAGUGGCAUCAGAGGAGCAGCCAAAUUCUCUUUGCGUGCUGAAGGGCGGCUUGGGCAUGAACAUCCUCAGUGCCAUCUUUUCUGUGGUGGGAAUCUGUCUCCUUAUCACAGAUAUCUGUAUCAACCCACAUCAUUUCUACUACACUUUGGAAAUACAAUUCCAGCCCUCUGGAUUCGCUACUUCUGGCAUUCUGCUCAUCUUCAGCCUCCUGGAGCUCUGCAUUGCCUCCACGUGUGCCCACUUUGGCUGCCAACUGGUCUCCUAUGACACCGUGGUCUACCAAACCUUCUAUGUGUCAAACCAAGUGUCCAACCCAGAACCAGUGAACUUGCCACCAUCCUAUUCCAGUGAGGCACGGCGCUCCAGAUAGGCCAAAGGCUGUAGAAGCAUCUUUCACUGGGAUCAAAAGAAAAUCUCCCCUUUUUGUGCUUUUGAAACUUAGCUUUUUCCUUCCCUGACAAACUAAGGAACAUGUCUGUCCAAUUGUGUGCACCCUGAACCCCCUUUACUUCAGCCUGGUAAAUUGUCUGUGCCUCUAUUAAAAAGGAAAUGGAAAUUUCAAGUGGAUUUUAGCAAAGCGGUUCUCCCUAAGGCAGCCACAUGUGGGGAAGUAGUGUGCACGUAUUCAUGUGCUUACCUGUGUGAGCUUAGAAGUUAGAGGAAUAAAUGUCUAAACAGCUCAAGCUUCAUUCUUUCAAUCAUUCACUCACUGAAUAAAUAUGCACCAAGACUUGA